AUGUCGUCCCACAUCUCUGCCUCUGAUCCUCGCAUCGCCAAGGCGCUGCAGACAAUCCUCGACCGUGGAGUGACGGGCGUCUCUUUGACGGCCUACUACCAAGGCAAACCCGUCAUUGAAGGCACUGCAGGAUACGCCAACGUGGAGAAGAACCGCCCAGUUGAUAAAGACACUAUCUUCCCCGUCUUCUCAACAACAAAGGGCAUCACGGCAUUGGCUGUUCACAUCCAAGCCGAGAAGGGGCUGCUCCGUCUCGAUGAUCCAAUCGCCAAGCACUGGCCUGAGUUCGCCGCCAAUGGCAAAGAGGCCAUCACAAUUGAGCAUGCUCUCUCGCACCGCUCGGGGAUCCCUCAGAUGCCGGAGGAUGUGACCCCGGAGCUCAUGGGAGACUGGGAGUGGAUGACAGAACGUAUCGCCAACUACACACCCAUCUUCCCACCAGGAAAAUCCAACGCCUACCACGUGUUGGUAUACGGCUGGAUCCUCGGAGAAAUAGUCCGCAGGACUGAUCCCGAGCACCGUCCGUUCGGCCAGUUUGUCAAGCAAGAGAUCUUUGAGCGGCUAGGCGUCGACAAAGACAUCUUCUACGGCGUGCCAGAUCCUGAACUCGACAGGGUCGCCACCUUGUACGGCAAGAAUCAGGAAAGCAUCGUUGACAAGUACAACCCCUUGCCUGUGUUCCCAGGUCCCAGGCAGCACAACCUCAGAAGCAUGCUGCAGGCCGUGGACCCGGGCGCAGGGGCUGUGAGCAACUCAGCAUCGCUGGCCCGGAUAUUCUCCAUGCUUGCAGAGGGCGGCGAGUUGGAUGGUGUGAGAAUAUUAUCUCCGGAGCGCGUCAAGACCUUUUCAAAGCCACGAGAGGGUGUCCAUGACAUAGAUGAGAUCUUCACGGGCCCGGUGCCUUUCGGAGCCUCUGGGUUCUGGGUCAGACAGGAGGGCAUGUCUGAUCCCCUGGUGGGUGACCACGACAACAUCAUCUACAGCCCAGGAGCAGGAGGAUCCAUCGUAUGGGCUGACCUUCGUGAUAGAUUAUCAGUGGCGAUUGUGAACAACCACAUGGACGCUGGAGUGUCGGUUGAUCCUGAGCCGAUCUGGGCGGUGCUUGCCCGUGCUGUACGUGAGGUUAGUGCAGAUCUGCAAGACUGA